ACCUGCACGAUGUUACCGUCAGAUAAAAAAUAAGCCAUGCCCAUAAUCACGUUACUGCCGCGGUGUGUCUGACCCUAAGAUCAGGGUUUAUGAUGUUGGCAUGAAGAGGAAGGGAGUUGAUGAGUUCCCAUUCUGGGCGCACUUGGUGUCCUGGGAGGAGAAUGUCUCCAGUGAGGCUCUUGAGGCAGCACCUAUUGCUUGCAACAAUGCUGGAAAGGAUGCUUUCCAUUUGAGAGUCAGGGUUCAUUCAUUCCAUGUCCUGCGUAUCAACAAGAUGCUUUCAUGUGGUGGAGCUGAUUCGCUCCAAACUGGCAUGAGAGGUGCUUUCGGUAAACCACAGGGAACUUGUGCUAGAGUUGCAAUUGGACAGGUUCUUCUGUCAGACGUUCGUUGCAAGGACAGCAACAGUCACCAUGCUCAGGAGGCUCUUCGCCGUGCAAAAUUCAAGUUCCCUGGUCGCCAAAAGAUCAUUGUCAGCAGGAAGUGGCAUGCAAUUUCUUUCAUUUGUUUUAUUAACCGUGAUAUCUCACGGUUUUCUAUUAUUUUUUAUGUUAGCAUCAUUGUUAUGCAUGAGGUAGUGUGCGUUUUCUUUGUUCUCAGAGGCACACCUGAUGCCUUGAUUUCUUAUUUCUGUGCUGCUUUACCAUACUGGAAAAAUGAAAGCCUGCACCUUAUGGCAAGCCAUUUCCCCACCUUCUUUUGGAAGUUUUUUACUUUCUGUUUAGUUGGUGAGUAUGCACUUACAAUUACUACCUAAUCUUGUUUGAUAACCAUCAUUUUCAGGGGUUUUACAAUGUUUAAUCGCACUGAUUAUUUGAAGUUGAAGGCAGAGAACAAGAUUAUGCCAGAUGAUGUGAAUGCCAAGCUUCUUGGAUGCCAUGGACCCUUGGCCAACCGUCAACCUGGAAGAGCAUCCUUACCAGCUACUGCUUAGAUCUUUUCAUUCCUGGAAAUAACUUCGUUCAUCUCUUAGCCUCUGAGGGAUUUAUCCAUUACUCUUUUUCAUUCCUGGAAAUUGUUGGUUGUGGUUGCCUUUCCAUGAAGGGUAAAGAGCCUCAAGUAUCAUUUCUGUGAAUUUUUGGUUGCACUGCGUGAAAAUUAAGGUUGGAUUCCUUUUGUGUCAAUGCCACUGUCAAGGAAUCAUCUCAACCCAAUAACUUAAACUGUUAGAUGAGGUCUCAGGAUAUGAUUUAUAUUAUUCUUUAACACACCCCCUCAAGUGAAAGCUUUUUGGCCUUAAAACUUGCAUAGGUCCA